CAGGCUCCCCAGCGGCAUGCCAGUGCCCCCCGGGCGCGAUGGCUAGCGGCAGCGCUGGGAAGCCCACCGGUGAGGCGGCUUCUCCGGCUCCUGUGAGUGCCGUCGGCGGAACCAGCUCGCAGCCGCGGAAAAGGCUGGUGUCCCUGUGCGACCAGUGCAAGGGCAAGAUGCAGCUGGUGGCCGACCUGCUGCUGCUGUCGAGCGAGGCCAGGCCCGUCCUCUUCGAAGGCCCUGCCUCCGCCGGUGCCGGUGCCGAGUCCUUCGAGCAGUGCCGGGACACCAUCAUCGCGCGCACCAAGGGGCUCUCCAUUCUCACCCACGACGUGCAGAGCCAGCUCAACAUGGGCCGCUUCGGAGAGGCGGGUGACAGUCUGCUGGAGCUGGGCGACCUGGUAGUGUCACUGACGGAAUGCUCUGCCCAUGCGGCCUACCUGGCAGCGGUGGCCACACCAGGUGCCCAGCCCGCGCAGCCAGGCCUGGUGGACCGCUACCGUGUGACUCGCUGUCGCCACGAGGUGGAGCAGGGCUGCGCCAUGCUGCGCGCCACCCCGCUGGCGGACAUGACCCCGCAGCUGCUGCUGGAGGUGUCGCAGGGCCUGUCGCGCAACCUCAAGUUUCUGACAGAUGCAUGUGCUCUGGCCAGUGACAAGUCCCGAGACCGCUUUGCGCGCGAGCAGUUCAAGCUGGGCGUCAAGUGCAUGAGCACGAGCGCGUCGGCGCUGCUGGCGCUCUUCAGCGGGCCGCUGGUGCAGGCGGUGAGCGCGCUGGUGGGCUUCGCCACCGAGCCGCAGUUCCUGGGUCGCGCAGCGGCCUUGAGCUCCGAGGGCAAAGCCGUGCAGACCGCCAUCCUCGGUGGCGCCAUGAGCGUGGUGUCGGCCUGCGUGCUCCUGACCCAGUGCCUCAGGGAUCUGGCGCAGCACCCGGACGGGGGCGCCAAGAUGUCGGACCACAGGGAGAGGCUGAGGAACUCGGCCUGCGCCGUGUCUGAAGGCUGCACCCUGCUAUCUCAGGCUUUAAGGGAGAGGUCUUCGCCCAGGACUUUACCGCCAGUGAAUUCCAAUUCUGUGAAUUAGCACCCCCCACCCCCUUCUUCCACCCCCAGACUAAAGGAAGAUACUUAUUGUCUGCCCCUCUCCAUUUAUACCAAAGAAAUCGUAGGUGAAGCUCCCACCCCAGCCCCCACGUUAAAUGCUCGAAAGGAAUCUUCCAGAAGGCAGGGCCACGCAUCCAAUUUACACACGCACUCGGGCCCGUGCCCAGCUGCCCAUACACAGUAGGGACCUGGAGAUGGAAGAUGUGUAACCUGCUGCUGCGGGAUUACCCCCUCCCCACCCCAGCUCCUCUUCAGGAAUCCCUCACCUAAACUUUAUUAAUUAAUUGCGCAGGAAGGAGGUCAUGGGUUCAUUUCUUUUUAUGGUCUUUUUUUUUUUCCUAAUUAAAAGAAAGGUUACCUCAGUUUUCACUCCUUAGACAUGGAUGUAGCUACCUUUUUUGUAUGUUGUUACUUUUUAAGUUGGAUUAGGCUUAUACUUGGUGUGGAAAGAGUCUGACCUUGCCAUGUGAUUUGCGAAUGGGGGGAAAAGCUACUGUGAGUGUGUGUUUUAUUUUCUGAUUUACACUAGAGUGAUUUUUUCCCCCCCAAUGUCAAGUUUUUACCUUGCAUGUACUGGAGUAUUUAUUUCAUCUAUUAAAAUGUUAUGUUUCUCAGA